AUGUAUCACUUUCGAAAUUGCUCUACAACUCUCCUUUUAAUGCCAAAAAAAAAUAAUAAUAAUAACACCCCUCGAAACAAAAAAUUAAAAAAGGUCAACCUCUCUCUCUCUCACUCUCUCUCUCUCUCUCUCUCACUCACUCAGUUUCUUUUUUUUUUCAUCAUAUCUUACUGUCUCCUUCGUUGCUUCAAUUCUUUUGAUCUGAGAAUGUUAUUUUUUCUUUAUUUGUCUCCGCUUUAUUCUUUGUUUUUACUACUUUUCCAAAAUGUUCCUCUUCUUCUUCUUCUUCUUCCUCUAAUCUUUUUUGCCAUUAACCUUUUUUUUCUGAAUUUUCUCAAACUUCUCAUUCUUUCUACUUACUCCUUUCGUUUAUAUUCAAAACACGUCCAUUUCUUUCUGUUAUUUUUUCAACCUCUUUUUCUCUCCCUUCUUUCUGAACUACCAAAAAAAUUAAGGCGCAACACAAUCUCGUUGAAUCCUUAA